AUGCAUCGAUGCACAACGUUGGCCCGUCGAAUAGUGAAUGACCGUUGUGUACGGACUAAUUGUAUAGCCGGCCAGACCGGCCGAUUUCUCACGCACGAAGCUGCACGUUUCCUGUUCCCCCAGAUAAUACUCCUAAUUCUGGCAACAUCCAAUCUGCCGUACCCAUUGCAUUACCCGCCCGGGUUCUCCAUUUCAGUGGCUCCCGUCCCCAGGAUCCUUCGUACGGAUACGAUAGCUGACGGCAGCAACCCAACCCAAACGGCCUCGUCUGGGACGGUCAGCCACCGUUGGUUUCUCGUUUCAAGUUUCAGCCUGCGACUUUUGGACUGCUGCCCCCUCUCCUCCGACGAGUUUCGUUUCCCCCCCUGUGCCGUCGUUUGGGGCGACGACGGCAUGAAGAUUUGCUGCCCGUUGAUGAUCAUCAGGGACAUAGCAGCGGCCAGCUAUUACAAUACCAAUAUCGCUCUGUUACGCUAUGAAGUCGUCGGCAGACCCGUCAUCGUCAUUGUCAGCAGUCAACUGCUGGGCAUGUGCUGGCCACUACUGCAUCUCAGAGAUCCAAGCCAAAACGGCCGAAUCCUCCCCUCUCACGCGGACGGGUACAUACGUCCAGCUGGCCCGCAAGCUGCGCCUGCAACAAAGAAGACGAGACGAAGAAGAAAAGAAAGAGGGACUCUGAGGGAGGGGGAAAUAGGCACGACCGAGCGAAGGUUCAUCCUGCGUCCCGCCGCACAAAUCAUGUACGGACGGGUACCUGAGUUUCUGUACGCUCACUGUGGUAUUACUUCUCAUCCAAAAGCAUUCUUGGGUGGUUCUGUCUGGGAUGACCGUAUGCACGCCCAUGCGCGUGACACCCUGACAAUCAGCGUCAAACACACGGCCCUGGCGGCAGCAGGCGAUGAAAGAACACACGCCGGAAGAGAGAAAGAAGCUGUUCUUCAUCUAGUAUGGGAGCUGCCGUGUUCAGAGGAGUUUUCCUUCGCGUCUUCGCUUUCGCAACCACGAACCACCUCCUAUUCUGACUUCAAAGCGAAGCGAACGGCACAUUCGGCAGAUCGUACACGAGCAGAGAAGAUUCCACGGUUGGAAGCGGCCGAUCGGGAUGCGAUGCCCAUGAGAAGAUCGCAUCCUCGAACAACGAACAGCGCUCAGACUUUCUACAACACAGUUAUCGAGUGUGUCAAGUUAUUCACCGCCUCCCCCUUUUCCAUACACCCCGUGCACAACAUCAGAUUUAUGAAGGCCCGCGCGAUAUUUUCGCAGGAGGCAUCGCACACCAAGAGCUCGUGGUGCGUGUACCUUGAACAGUCCGUCAAGUUGAGUUCAUGUUAUGACAAGCUGAGGCCUCCCACCACUUCAUCUAACAAACUUCAGUCUCUUCAAACCGUACUCAGUACCGCCAACCCCCGUUACAGCCCAUGA